AUGGACAGAUCUGCCAAUGGGCUGAUGAAAGAACUGAAGCUGAAUGAAAGUGAUAAAUUACAGAUCAUCCUUGUGGCCAAUGCAAUCCUUUUUGUCAGUGUAAAUUUGUAUGGGGUCUUUGUGAGGAUUUUGACAGAAAGGGCUCAGAGGAAGGCAUUCCUACAGGCCAGGAACUGCAUUGAGGACAGGCUGAGGCUGGAGGAUGAAAAUGAAAAACAGGAACGUCUCUUGAUGAGUCUUUUGCCCAGGAAUGUUGCAAUGGAAAUGAAGGAAGAUUUCCUGAAGCCUCCCGAAAGGAUUUUCCACAAGAUUUACAUUCAAAGACAUGACAAUGUUAGCAUUUUGUUUGCAGACAUUGUGGGGUUCACUAGUUUGGCAUCACAGUGUACUGCACAAGAGCUGGUGAAGCUGCUGAAUGAGCUCUUUGGCAAAUUUGAUGAAUUGGCAACAGAAAACCACUGCAGAAGAAUAAAAAUCCUAGGGGACUGUUACUACUGUGUAUCAGGAUUGACUCAGCCCAAAACAGAUCAUGCCCAUUGCUGUGUUGAAAUGGGACUGGAUAUGAUUGACACCAUCACAUCUGUUGCGGAAGCCACAGAGGUUGAUCUCAACAUGAGGGUUGGAUUGCAUACAGGCAGGGUGCUUUGUGGGGUCCUGGGUCUCCGAAAAUGGCAAUAUGAUGUCUGGUCAAAUGAUGUGACUUUAGCUAAUGUAAUGGAAGCUGGAGGACUGCCUGGGAAAGUUCACAUUACAAAGACCACCUUAGAGUGCCUAAAUGGGGACUACGAGGUAGAACCAGGAUAUGGUCAUGAAAGGAACAGUUUCUUGAAGAAGCAUAAUAUUGAAACAUAUUUUAUUGUGCCAUCCCAUCGUAGGAAGAUAUUUCCUGGACUGAUUCUCUCGGACAUUAAGCCUGCCAAAAGAAUGAAGUUCAAGACAGUCUGCUACCUGCUUGUUCAGCUCAUGCACUGUCGUAAGAUGUUCAAAGCAGAGAUCCCUUUCUCCAAUGUCAUGACGUGUGAGGAUGAUGAUAAGAGGAGAGCAUUAAGGACAGCCUCUGAAAAACUCAGGAAUCGUUCCUCUUUUUCUACCAAUGUUGUAUACAACACUCCAGGAACUCGAGUAAACAGAUACAUCAGCCGUUUGAUAGAGGCCCGGCAAACUGAGUCUGAGAUGGCUGACUUGAACUUCAUUACCCUGAAGUAUAAGCAAACUGAGCGUGAAAAUAAAUACCACCAGCUUCAGGAUGAGUAUUUCACCAGUGCUGUAGUACUUUCACUAAUUCUAGCUGCCUUAUUUGGCCUUGUCUACCUUCUAAUAAUACCACAGAGUACCGUAGUUCUUGUUCUCCUGGUGUUCUGCAUAUGCUUCCUAGUGGCUUGUAUUAUGUACCUACAUGUCACACGAGUACAAUGUUUUCCAGGGUGCCUGACAAUACAAAUCCGUACCAUUUUGUGUAUUUUUAUUGUGAUCUUAAUAUACUCUGUGGCUCAAGGAUGUGUGGUUGGCUGUAUGCCUUGGGUUUGGAAUACCAAUUCCAGCAGUUCAAUAGUUAUCAUUUCUCCUGGUGGAACAAAUAAAACCAUGAAUGAACUUCCAUGUGACACAGCCCACUAUGCUUUCCUUUCCUGUGUAGUGGGGACUCUCACCUUGGCAAUAUUUCUACGUGUAUCUUCCUUGCCAAAAAUGAUUCUCCUGCUUUUUGUUACAAUUUUGUACAUAGUUAUUCUGGAACUCAGUGGUUACAGAAAAGCAGUGGGGGGUGGCUCCUUUUAUAUGCGUGGCUAUGAACCAAUACUAGCCAUCUUGCUAUUUUCUUGUGCUUUGGCACUGCAUUCCAGACAGGUGGACUUGAAGCUGCGUCUGGACUACCUCUGGGCCGUGCAGGCAGAAGAAGAGAGAGAUGAUAUGGAGAGAGUCAAGCUGGAUAAUAAAAGGAUUCUUUUCAACUUGUUGCCAGCACAUGUUGCACAGCACUUUCUCAUGUCUAAUCCAAGAAAUAUGGAUCUUUAUUACCAGUCAUAUUCACAAGUGGGAGUGAUGUUUGCUUCCAUCCCAAAUUUCAAUGAUUUCUACAUCGAAUUGGAUGGCAAUAAUAUGGGAGUGGAAUGUUUACGCCUGUUAAAUGAAAUUAUUGCUGAUUUUGAUGAGCUUAUGGACAAAGAAUAUUAUAAGGACAUAGAAAAGAUCAAGACAAUUGGGAGUACAUAUAUGGCAGCUGUGGGACUCGUGCCUACUUCGGGAACUAAGGCUAAAAAAUCAAUUUAUUCCCAUCUGAGUACACUGGCAGAUUUUGCAAUAGAGAUGUUUGACGUUCUUGAUGAAAUCAACUACCAGUCUUACAAUGAUUUUGUCCUACGAGUUGGUAUUAAUGUUGGGCCAGUAGUGGCUGGAGUCAUUGGAGCCAGAAGACCACAGUAUGAUAUCUGGGGGAACACUGUAAAUGUUGCCAGCCGGAUGGAUAGUACUGGAGUGCAGGGGAAAAUUCAGGUGACAGAAGAAGUUCAGCGGAUAUUAAAAAGGUGAGACUGAGAGCCAAAAGCUUCAGCUUGUUAGGGCUGAAUCUGCAUCCCUUAUGUACCCACAAGGCCUGCAGAAAUCACAGUUAUGAAGGUCAGGAAGUUGAGCAUCUGUAGGCCAAGUUCUGCUUUGGGUUACACCAAUGUCGCGUGUCAGUACUGAACUGAAUAUUUUACAACACUGUAACUGAGAGUAGGUCAUGCGCCUAAAUCUCUUUCACACUUUGCCUGUAAUUUAUUUGUAAGGCAAAAGAAAGUAUUUGGGAAUCACUGUUCGAAGGGAAACAGUAUAUGACUUGUGCCAUUUCAGUGCUUUGAGGAGUCUGAACACAUAGUAAGUAGCGUGAUUCAUUUUCAUGUGUUGAAUUCCUGCUUGUAGCAGAAACAAAGCGUUUUCUUUACAUCAGCAAGUCCAGAUUCUGAUUCUGUGUUCUGCCCAGGCAGGAGGACUAUUUAGCCAUAAUGUUCUUUCAAGUUAGAGUUUUGUAUUACAGUGAAAACCAACAUUUUUUAAUUUGUGAUAAACCUGUAUUAUAAUGCCUUAUUUAUUUUUAAUCUUGUACAGUGUUACAAAACAACAGAAAACAUUGGCCUUUCAUGUAUUAUUCACUUUAAAAGAUGUAUUGUAUUAUGAAAUUUUGUAAAUAGUUUUAGCUCGGACAGGUAAUUGCAUGUACACUUGUAUAAAAAAAGGAAAAAAGGCACACUUUUAACAAAUGUUACCGAUUUUUGUAAGAGACAUUUUACAUGUGCAUGGAGAUUAUAAAUCCUUUGGAAAUGGACGUCCUUUUGCUUUUCCUUACAAUCUACUGCAUGCCACUCAUGCCUGACUUCAGUAAAACAAAACAAAACAGUAAGUUUUCCUAAAUGUUUUUGACAUAUCACUUCUGGCACAGAGUUAAAUCCACUAGUUGCAUGUGCAUUCAGCAAAGCAAAAUCAAAAUGCAAACAGCAAAUAAAGAAAAAUAAUUUACUGAUUGUGAUCUGCCAAUCUCAGUGUUCCAAGAUCCAUAAUACAGUAUAUGAGAAGUGUUAUCAACAUCUAUGCUGUCUUCAUAAGGUACCUUCUGGUCAUUAGAAGCAAUAAACUCUACUUACUGUAAUCUAAAAAGCAAGCAGAUUCUAGUUCAUAAUGGUGUAAUAUCUGACAUUCAGUGGGUAUUCUCUGAUACUGCAUUUGAUGUAGUAUUGUUGUCAAGAAGGACCAAGUGUCAAAUCCAUCAUUGCUGUAUGCAGGUGCAACACUGUAGAAGGUAAAGGAGGUGAAUUUGGCCCAUUGACGUUACCCAGAGUAUAUUUCUAAGGUGGUAAUAAGUUAUUGUAUGUGAAAAUUACACAAUGCAAAUAGAUUGUUUUCCUAGAUACAUACAUAUGUAUAUAUAUGUAUGUAUAUAUAUAAAUUAAUUUUGUUGCCUUAUUUUUGUUAGCUGUUUUGACUCAUUUUCCAAAUAAUUUCUGUUGCUAAGCAGAAAGUAUUUAACAGAACUAUUAGGAGAAGGUUCACUGGGUUCUUUGGCAUUGAGCCAUCUGGGUUCUGUGCUGAUACCAGUCCUGUUCCCACUAAAGUCAUGCUGACAGAGAUGCCUCCCUUCAGCAUCACAGCUUAACCCACAGCUUGAGACCCAUGUCGGUUAGUGACACAGAAAUAAGAAAUCAAUAUCCAAACCUCUAGCUGUUUUUUCCCCGUAUUGCUGCUGAACAAAGCUUUACAAUCUGGAGGUAUUUUGCAUGCAUCAUUUUUAAGGUUGUCACAUCUGUGUCACCACUACAGUUUGGGACUUCUCAAAUUACUUACAUACUUGCUGUAUGAUCAACGAGGAGUAUUGUAGGAGCAUAACACUGAGGUUGGUGACAGAGGGAAAGGGUGUGGUCUGUAAAUACUUUCUACUAUGGAUUAAUAUGGAUUUUUUGUAUUUUACAGAUUUGAGCUAGUUUUAUAAUAGGAUUUAGAAAUCCAUUAAUCUCUUUGUUUAAUCAGGUGACUGUGGGGUUAACUAAGCAGUACAGCUUCUGCAAGAACUUCUGCCCUUGUAAAUUAAGAUGUGGAUUAUACAAUGUAUCCCAGUUGCCUGCAUACAAGAACCAUUACCUUGUACUGAUGAUUGGCUUCAUACAGCACUUAAGGGUUUCUAACAAUCAUAAACUAACUCAUCUCAGAUUCAGUGGGUUUUACAUCUCAGUGUGGCAUAAUUGUUGUGACUAAUGACAAUCUGGACUCUGCUUCUCUACCCCAACCCUGUUUAUGAUUGGCUUUUUCCAGAACUCCGUAGAGGCUUUUUUUAGCUCUUCAUUCCUUUUAAUCCCAUGUCUCACUGAGUUUUCAGGCCAGAUCUAAAUCAUGAAUAAAUAUGUAAAUGUAAAUAAAAGGAAAAAAGUACAUAUAAAGGGCGGCUGCCCCCCCUUUAUCUUUAAUUACUCUUCAAAAUGCCACACUGCUUGGUUGGCCUGGUAUGAUUUAUAAUCUGAUCAGUGCAAGGACAAAAAACAGAAAAGAAGAAAAAAAAAAAAGCACAAAGUUAGCAGGAGUACAAAAUAACAAAAAGAAAAUAAAACUUUGAGAUAGCAAUUGCUGAAGGGAAAAGGUGAAAACUGGGACUCCUUCUGAAGUCAGUGGUAAAGUUCUCAGUGACAUGGGACAGGUCUUGUGUAUCUAAGCUGGCAAGGUACUCAGCCAGAUUCCUAGUGCAACAAAAAUAAGGCUCGUGUUUAACUGCACAGCCAGAUCCAUUUCUGAGUUUUUGUGUCUCUUCACUUUCACAAGUGUCCAAGAUCUCUUGGUGAAUUGCUUUCAGAAUUUCAGAAGGAAUUGAUAAAAAUGGUUCAAGGUUGUCACCUUUAAUGCCUAUUUUGUGAUCAUGAGGAAGCACCUUGAAAUUUGAAUUAGCAUUGGUUAAUGUACAUAGCCUAUGUGCUGAAAGGACUUGGUUUUGCUUGUGCCUUACUGCAUGCUGGAGGAUCUGCUUCUUUAUAUUAGGAUCCCUGUUUUAUGCCUUCAGUGGCAUCAAACAUGUCACACCUGCAUAAAACUGAAGGGGAACAAACAGUGCUGCACCACUGUGAAGCUUUUUUACUACUUCCUUUUCCUACUUUGGUUUACUACCAGAACAGCUAUGUGGGUGCAAGGAGUGCUCCAAGUGUUUAUGGAGGGAGGCCAUACAGAGGUAUAUGUGGGUCCAAGCUAAAUAAGAACAGAUUUCCUAGAAAGCUCAGCACACAUAGUGAGCUGAGUUCUGCAGAAAAUCUGUCCAGAUAGUUUGGAGCUCCUUUGAAAAAGCUGGCUGUUCUCCUCUUCAGAACAGGCUUACACAACAUGUUGAUUAAAAACAUCCAGGACACUUACCUACAGCUUGUAAGUGCACUGCCACAAUUGCUAGACAUAUUUUUAGCCUGCUGAUGGUAAAACAGCUAACAGUCCUCGCUGUGGGCAAGGCUAAGGUGUGUUUUAAUUACUGUGGUUGUGCAGACUAUCGUGUCUUACUUUCAAGUGCCUGACCUGCUGCUUUGGUCCCAGACCUGUCAAUGGUGGCACCAGUUAUGAAAAAUUUGAGCUGGCACACUGAAGUUACUUAGGUGAUUUCUCAUGUCUUUUAUCCUUGGUGCACAUGGGUGCAAUUGUCUGUUCUUACAUUUCAAAUGCCAUUUGAGCAAUCAAGAAUUUUCAGUGAAAUGUAGAUGAAAAUUAGUUACCUGUGCUAUCACAAAAUUGCUUCAUGUUAAUUACAUUUUAAAAUUGUUAAAGUAGAAAUCCUUCUUCACUUAGAAUUCUUCUAUGGUUCAAUUAAGAAAAAAAAAAAAAGUGAUUGUGUAACUUGCUCCCAUUUACAAGUACCAUUGUCUGCACAGAUUUGGACUUAGACAAAGCAAAUGGUGAGUUUCUUUUCUGCAUUCAAGCAGCUGGUUGUUACACAGAGGUAGCUUUGGAAAAUGUUACAGAAUACAGUAAGAAUUAACGUAAUGCUUUCAAAGUUAUUGGUCUAAAAACCAGAGUCCAAAAGCAGUUACCAUUUCUAGUGUAAUUUAACCCAAUACAGAGAAUUCUAGAACAGUGAUACUCUUUUCAGUGGAAUUCUGACAGAGAUGAAAAACCUCUUCUUCCAUUAUAUACUUGUAUGUAGAUUGGUCUGUGUGCAAAUCACGGGUUGGUACACAGAAUGUGGAUAAUGGUGCAAAACAGUACUAAUGCACACAUUUCACAGUUUCAAGCAGAUUCAGCCAAAUUUGACCCAUCUCUUAAAAUCUCUGCCACUAAAAGAUGUGCUGCAACUCACUUUUGUCUAGAUUUUGUCCUGCUGAUUAGUCCUUACACUCUGCCGUCAAGAGGUUAAUUUUUGUCCUGCUGGUAUAUGUCCAUAGGUUCUGCUUGGAAAUGAGAUGAUAAGUAUUUUUCUGAUCUGUUAACUGAAAAUAUUUUUAAGUGUAUGUGAUUCCUUCUUUUUAUAAAUAAAUGUUCAUCAGCCCAAGAUAGAAAGCAAAAAACCACAUGGAGCAUGUGUUCUGCAAUCAAAAUUGAUCUGCCUACACAUGAUAGCACAGUGUCCAUUGGAGGCCUAUCCAUUAUUUUAAGCAUCCUAGAAAUAUUUAAAUGUAAUAAGCAUCAUAGCACUAAGAGGAAAAUGAGCUAGGCAUGCCUACCUGCCUCUGAAUACGACAUAAUUCUUCUUUGGGUGUAAAAAUGUGACCUGUAGAUCAUAAAACUCUGCUUCUUAAGAAAUUGGUGCCCUUGCUGAUCUUAACUCGCCUUCAGUUGUUCAGCACCAUCACAUUUUUGUUGUAGGCAGUUACUGUUCACACAGGUCUACUUACCAUCUCUGUCUGUAGAUCCUCCAUUGUGUGGUUGUCAAAUUUCUCUUAAAAAAAAAAUUUAAAACCCAGAUUUUUCAUAUAAUAGAUGUUUAAGGGAAAAGAAAUGGCUUUGACAUAAUCUGGUGAGGAAGCAGUACAUGUCACAGCAAACCUGAAAGAGUGAAUAAACAUACCCUGUGGUGGGAGUGCAGGCACCAGCAGCUGGCAGCAAGCUGGGCAGCGAGGCUUGACCCUGCCAGCAGCAGGCAGAGCAGCAUCUCUGCUCAUGUCCCCAAAGAGACACAGAUAAGCAAGACUGUGAUAGGCUAAUUCAUGUUCCCUAGCAGUUUACUUAAUACAUGCAAACCCAUUUCAAGGGCAGUCAAUUUUGUAUGUGUCUGGAGGUCACUAUUUAAAAAUAAGAGCAAGGAAAGAUACAAUCUUGGGGUUUUAUAAGGCUGAUUGAAUAGAAGUAUUCAGUAAGAAGGCUGUGCAAGAGGAAUCUUACCAGCUGCUUAACCUGCAGAUGUUUGCAUCAAACUCUGUGUUGCUUCCAAAGUGACUUGAAUAAUCUCGUUAGACUUU